AUGGCGGCAGCACCACAGCACGUGGACGGCGUGCAUCCACCCGCACCAGGCUCCGGAGAUCGUGACGUGGACCACACGCAGUCCUCAAUCCCGGCCGUAGGUUCCGCUGAAGGCGUGGUUCCAGGGUUGCCGGUGGCGAGCAGUGACGGAAACGGAAUUUUAGCUGGUAACGUCAACGGAGACGGAGGCUUAGGCACAGACGGAGGGAUGGACGGAGGCGGCGGAACGACGGGUUUGGAGGAUCAGACGACGGGCGGGGACCAGAGCGUGGCGACGCCGAUGACGGAGCGGAAGCGGGAGAAGCAGAUGGAGGUGUUCGUGGGCGGGCUGGACAAGGACGCGUCGGAGGAGGACGUCAAGCGCGUCUUCGGCCGCGUCGGGCAGAUUGCGCACGUGCGCCUUCCGCGCGACUCCGCGACGGGGCGCAACAAGGGCUACUGUUUCGUACAGUACGCCACUGAAGGCGCUGCGCGCCGAGCUGCCUCUGAACUGGACCGAAUACUUGUGCGGGGAAGGCCGGUGGGGGUGUUGGGCGGCGAGCAGGAGGACACACUGUUCAUCGGGAACAUCAACAAGACGUGGUCCAAGGCCAAGAUAGAGGCGGUGCUGGCGGGGGCUGGCGUGGGGGCGUGGGAGGCGCUGACGUUCAUGGAGGACCCGCAGCACGCGGGGCACAACCGCGGCUUCGCUUUCCUCGAGUUCGCCUCGCACCGCGCCGCCGCUGCUGCCAAGCAGCGCCUGCAGCAGGCGGACGUGAGCCUGGGCGUGGACCGCCCGCCCCGCGUGUCGUGGGCCGCGCCCCUCAACGAGCCCGACCAGCGCGUCAUGGCGCAGGUGAAGAGCAUUUUCGUGGACGGCAUGCCGCCCUCGUGGGACGAGCCGCGGGCGGCGGGUUUUUUCGGGCGGUACGGGCAGAUAGAGCGUGUGGUGCUGGCGCGCAACCUGCCGUCCGCCAAGCGGCAGGACUACGGCUUCAUCAACUACACCACUCGCGAGGCUGCCCUCGCUGCCAUUGCCGCCCUCAACGGCUCACAAGUCGUCGAUGGAAACUUCCAGAUGAAGAUGCGUGUGACUCUAGCAAAGCCGCAGGACCGCAAGCCGCGCCACCCGCCUCCCGGCGGCAGGGCGGGAGGGGGGGAGCAGCGCCGGGCGGACUUUGGGGACGGCAGCGUGACGGCACUGCUGGAGGCGCUGAGGGAGCAGGCAGAGCGCGAAGAGCGCGGGGAGGGCGCGCAGGGGGCGCAAGCUGGGGAGGGGGAAGGCGCUGGGGCGGAGGUCAAAACGGAGGGUGGUGGCGAUGGGUCGAGUGGAGUGGGGACAGGGAAGGGGGUGAAGCAGGAAGGAGGGGGCGUGGGGGAGCAGGAGGGAGGGUUGGCAGGGAGUGCAGCGGCGGCAGUGGAAGCAGCUCUGGCAAACGAAUCCAAGGGCGCGGGCGACGGAGAGGGGGACGCAGAAGGGGAAGCAGAGGAAGGGGCAGAGGGAGAGGCGGGGACGCCAGGGAAAGCGCGUGCGGGGGAGAGGGAGGGGAAGAACACGGCGGGGCUGAACCGGUUUGAGUGUGCGGUGUGUGUGUUUGGAUCGGAUGACGAGAGCGAGUACCUGUCGCACCAGCUGUCGCGCGUGCACAGCAUUGUGAGCAUGUUCCGACAGGACCUAAAGCUGUCGAACAAGACGCCCCUCAGCAUGCUCAACGAGCUCGCCAUGCGCAACAAGAUCGAGGUGACGUACGAGCUCAAGGGCGAGCCCACAGGCCCCUUUGACGCGUCCGCGUCACUAGGCGGCGGCCCCAACGCCAUCCCGUGGGUGUGUGGCGAGGCGCGUGCGGGCAUGAAGCUGCGCGCCAAGCAGAUGGCGGCAGCAGCGGCCCUGGAGGCGCUGCUGCAGGCGGGCGUGGGGGAGAGCGAGCUCACCCGCCCGGGGCAGGCGCGGCUGAAGCAGAUGGGCAAGGGCAAGGGCGGCAGAGGCUCGCCUGGAGGGGCGCAGCGCGGGGGGCGAGGGGCGUAUGGCGGGCGCGGAGGGGGGGAUAGAGGGCGGGCGGAUAGGGAUGGUGGGGGGUAUGGGGGGUGGGCGUCAGGAGACUUGGCAGGGGGAGUGGGUGGGUAUGGUUCGUUGGGGGUGUAUGGGGGAGGGGCGAUUGGCACGGGGUUGGGGGAGGCAGCAGCGGGGGAGAGUUAUGCAGAGAGGCUGGGGCGCAUUCAGGGCAUGCACUAUGUGAUGCGCUCGGGCCUGCCUCCUGCCUCGCCUAGCUUGCAGCCUCUUGCUCCUCCCGCUGCCCCACCGCUGGGUGCGGGCUUGGGAGCAGCGGCAGGGGGAUAUGGUGCUCCCAGCACGGGUUAUGCCGGCUCUGGGGCUGCAUAUGGUGGCCAGUAUGGUGGCGCGCAGUACAGUGCGGUGCAGCAGUACGGUGGCAAGUAUGGGGGGGCUUCGUACGGUGGGUCUCCAUACGGUGGGGCGCAGUAUGGAGGGGCGGCGUACGAGGGGCAGUACGGGCGGGCAGAGGGAGCAGCGAGUGGAGGGAAGCGGCCGUACCCCCCUGCUGACAACCCUGACGGCCUUCAUGCCAGCCAGCGACCACGCACCGACCCCUACGCUCCCGCCGCUCCCCCCACACGCUCUGCCUACUCCAACCCCCCGCCCGCACACCCCUACAGCGCGCCUCCGCCUCCCCACCCCUACUCCACGCCUCCCGCUCAUCCCUACACCAACCCGCCACCAACACACCCGCCCCCCUCCAACCCUCCUUCCUCCUACCCCUCUGCGCACACCUAUCCCGCCCCACCCUCUUACCCGCCGUCCUACUCCUACCCUCCUGCCCCUUCUGCUCCAUACGGCACUGGGGGUGCAUCAUCCGCACCAGCCGCACCACCACCACCAGCGCCACCCCCGUACUACCAGCAGCAGCACCCGCAGUCACAGCAGGCAGCCGGGGCGGGCAGUGGCAGCAGCGCAGGCGGUGCAGAGCGCUUUUUUCCCUUCUCUUCCUUCCUCAUCCCUUGUCUCUCCUUCCCUUCCCUUCUCGUCCUUCUGCGUGCCUGUAUGGUAACACCCAUGCUGCCGCCACUUCCGCAGCUCCUGCUCCUCCCGCCGCCCAUGCUUCAGCGCCGCCCGCCCAGGCUCAGCCGCCACCGUCUGCUGGCCAGUCCCCUGCUCCUGCGGGUGGUGCGGGCGGUGGCGGGGGGGCAGCGGGUGCAGACGGUGCGACGGGGACGAGUGCGUACGGGCAGUAUGCGUCGGUGCCCACCACCUACUACUGACCGCCGCUCUGCCCCGCUGCUCACCUGCUCGCAUGCCACAGCAGCAGACACGUGUGUGUCUUCUACCAGCCAAGAGCCGGUUCGGGCUUCACCAGCCCGAACCCUCAAUCCAUUGCGAAACUGA